AUGGCGACUGCAAUUGCUCGCGUACGAUUCGCAGCCAAGCUGCCUGGCCAGAUUCGUGCUUUCAGCUCGACUCCUAGGGUUGCUUCUGCGACAGGCGGAGUCAAGAGACUGGGUGUUAUUGGUGCUGGACAGAUGGGUCUGGGCAUUGCUCUUGUGGCCGCACAAAAAGCUCAAGUCCCCGUCACUCUCGUAGAUGCAAACAAGGCAGCUCUUGAUAAGGGCCUGGGCUUUGCCGAGAAGCUCCUUGCCAAGGACGUGUCUAAAUCUAGAAUCACCCAGGAGCAAGCUGACCAGGCGCGCUCUUUGCUCUCUCCGGCCACUUCAAUCGACCAGCUUUCAGAUGUAGACUUUGUCAUUGAGGCCGUCCCAGAGAUCCCCAACCUCAAGUUUGAGAUCUUCUCCAAGCUCGCUGAGGUCUGCCCCAAGCAUGCCAUUUUGGCCACCAACACCUCCUCUAUUUCCAUUACCCGCAUCGCGGCGUCGACGACAAAGGACCCCACGGACACUUCCGCCAGCUCCCGCGUCGUCUCUACUCACUUCAUGAACCCCGUUCCGAUCCAGAAGGGCGUCGAAAUUAUCGGCGGCCUGCAAACGAGCCAGGAGACUCUGGACAAGGCCGUGGCUUUCUGCAAGGCCAUGGGCAAGGUCACCUCCGUCUCUGCUGAUUCCCCGGGUUUCCUCGCCAACCGAAUUCUGAUGCCUUACAUCAAUGAGGCAGUCAUCUGCUUGGAGACCAACGUCGGCGACAGAGACUCCAUCGACGCCAUCAUGAAGAACGGAACCAACGUGCCGAUGGGACCCCUCCAGCUUGCUGACUUCAUCGGUUUGGACACCUGUCUUGCAAUUAUGAAGGUGCUGUAUGAGGAGACUGGCGACUCCAAGUACCGUCCAAGCGUGCUUCUGCGCAAGAUGGUCGAUGCAGGCUGGUUUGGCAAGAAGAGUGGAAAGGGUUUCUACGACUACUAG